AUGAUGCAACGAAGAACGGCAGCAGGCUCCACAUCUCUACAACUCUUAUUACUAUUAAGAGAACACACACACAUGGCAUUCUCUACACAACAACGUAACUGUAGUAGUAAUAGUAAUAGUAAUAGUAGUAAAGCACCAACCCAACAACGAUCAUUUACUUACCGACCACAUCAACUCUCGAAUCGAAACAAUACUACUACUACUACUCCUCUUAACUCUACUAAUACUAAUACUAAUACUAAUAAUACUUCAACAUCUUCACUAGACUCCUCACUAUCGACGAACCCAACAACAACAACAACAAUGGAGAAGACAUCAUCUGUGAAGGUGACGAUUGACUCACUCGCACCGCCGUCUCCGUUAACGGCGGAAGUUGUUGUGGAGUAUUUGGCCGCACUGCGUGGACUGCACCAGUCGCUGGGAAUCGCACAAACAACUUCACGGAUACGCUGGCAGGCACGAGAUUUUCUCCUUCGUGGAAUAACCCAACAAUCAUCCACAACUUCAUCAUCUUCUUCAUCUUCUUCUUCUUUGAAUAGAGAAUUUAAGGGAUCGUUGGAAAUGACGGAAGAACUUGCAUGUGCUCUUCUAGUUACUUGUGCACACUUUGAAGUAUCGAUUGUGGAAUGUCCAUAUGGACUUUCUACUGUGAAACUUCUACAGGAAGUUUGGAAGAGACGACUAACGACCGUCUCUUCCUCCUCUUCAGAGCUAUCGGAGGAUACAAAGUGUAAUAAUAAUAAUAAUAAUAAUAAUAAUAAUAAUAAUAAUAAUAAUAAUAAUAAUAAUAAUACUAAAAACAAGAAUAGUAUUAGUUGUGAAGAUGCUGUAUUGCUUGGACGACUUGCGAUGGCGUUGCUGGAGCAAUUAUCAAAUCGUGUUCUUCACCACGCAGCGGAACAUCAGACGAUCUUAACACAAUUAUUAUGUGAGACCUUCCUUCCUGCGGUGAUGGUGUUAUUACAAGAUGAUAUGCUCUUUGCAGGGAAUAGGAAUGAAGGUAAAGAAAGGAUGACUGUUGAAGAAGCAACAGCUUUUUCUGUUUUACUCUCAGCAUUAACAAAAGCGGCAGUAACACAAUGGGCAAGACGUGGAAAUACAAUAAAUACACAAUCCGUUAUUUUAUUUGGUUCACCAUCCGUAUGCACAUCAUCAUCAUUAUCAUCAUCAUUGGGAGUUGUACCACUUUCAUUAUCCACAUUAGCAAAGAGAUUAGAAAUGUACGCGAAUUGUUUCGUCACUUUACAAGCCAAAGAAACGGCAUUACCAGUAUUACGUUUCUGUACACUUAGUCAAUGUAUUCCAGUCUUUCUCGCUGCCCAACAACAAGAACAACAACAACAAGAAAAAGAAAAAGAAGAGAAAGAAAAUAAGAGAGGCGAUCAUAUGGAAAGAGAUCAUCACAUGAUGUCCUCAUUAAUAACAUCCAUCACCACUAUUCUUCAGACCGCAGUUGGUCCUGCGGAUUAUGUUGUUUCCCAUCAAGUAGCGAAUAUCGCAUCUAUUUACGCACGCGUAUUGUGUUUUCAUCCAAUAAUGAAAGAAAAUAAUAAAACUAUCAUAUCUUCUUCUUUUUCUUCAUCAUGGAUGAUAUUUGAACAUCUUAUGAUGGGAAUACAGGAACAAAUGGUGUAUCAUGUAGAAAGCCUCUCACCAUGUACAGUGAUGCUGCAGAUUUGUGAACGCGUCACUCCAUUUGCGAGAAAAUAUCUUUUCUCUGAUCUUGCGGCUUUAUUAAGUGCCUUGACAAGAAUUUACCGAAUUGUAUGUAAACAACACAAUACACAAUGGUUGCAGAGUAGGAAUUCUAUAAACACACAACAUGUGAAGAGUUCAAAGAAGGAAUUAACGGAUUCUUCUAAAGGAACGACACCCAAACGAUUUGAACGGCGUCGUGCUCAUACUACUACUAAUACGAGUAAAGUUACUAUUUCACAAACAACAACAACAACAACAACUUUAACAAGGGAAAAGAGUAGUGAUAUAACUUCUGUGGAAUCCUCAUUAUCAUCUUUACCAACAAAAUCCAGUUUUAUAGUAAGUAAUGAGGAUAUUGCAGAGAUUGAGGGAGAAUUGGAGGUUUUAUUAGAUGCUUGUGUAGUAGUGAUUGAACGGCAUAUGCCAACAACAUGUAGAAGUCGAGGGGUACUUGUUGCGCAACAGGGAAAUGAGAGGAUGAAUAAUAAUAAUAAUAAUAAUAAUAAUAAUAAUAAUAAUAAUAAUAAUAAUAAUAAUAAUCAUCAUCAUACUAAUAAUACUGUUGAGAAUGGAGACAUAAAGAAAGAUUCUACCUUGGCGCUUACAAAAGUUGGAGCUUCACAGGCAAAGGCACUUGGUGGAAAAAGUCGUCUUUUAAAGAAAUCCAUAGCAUGUAGAGAACUUGUUAUGAUUGCGGAAAGUAUUCAUGCACUUAGUUGGAGACCUUUUAUGGCCUUUCAAGAAAGAUUACUGGUUGCCCUCUCUUCAGAGAUUGGACAAGUGGAAUUAAACUCUCAACAAUAUGUUCAUCUUAUUCGUUUACUCCUCCGUUCACCUCCUGCAAUUCCUUCUGUUAUUUUUCACGCGGUUGGGGAUAGACUUAAACGUCUCAUUCAUGCAGAGGCUGUUACUAUAGAAGCAGCACGAACAGCCCUCUUAACAACAACAGCAAGAUCAUCUAUUAAUAAUAAUAAUAAUAAUAAUAAUAAUAAUAAUAAUAAUAAUAAUAGUGAGAGUGUGGAUAAUAGAGUAAAUGGAGAUGAGAAGGGUGUGUUGGCUGCGGCUCAUGUACGUUCUUUACAAGAUAAACCUCUUUCUCUAUUAGAUGCAUGUGGUGUAGUCUUUACUUUUACACAGAAAAUGAAAGGGAGUUCACUUCCUUUAUUAUAUGAUCUUCUUAUACGUUGUGGUUAUCGUAUUUUAUGCAGUUGUUCUUCCUUCACAGAGUGUCAAGAGAAACAUACAAUAAUGGCAUUAAUGAUGUUUGUAGCGAGUGCAACUUAUGUGAUCCAUCAUGCAGUUAUAAAGAUAUCAGAAGAUCGUGGGCUUCGAUUUAUUUCAGCCUGUAGAGAUCAUGCAGCGGGAUUAUUAGUAACAUCUAUACAAGAGGGAACGAAGAAAGAUAUCAUAACAGAAUCAACAACAACAAUAAUAAGAGGAGAAGGAAGAAAAAGAAGUGGAAAGGAAUGGUCUGGUGAGGCAUUUGGGUUUUCUUCUCUUCGAGAUAUAGCUUAUGCAUGUAUGAUGAUAGAGCCAUACACAUUACAGAGUAAUGGAAAUGAUAUCAGAUGUAUUUAUCAACAUCUGCGGGAUUCAUAUAUUUUGUAUACAUCCCAAUGUGAUAGUCUUGAAGUGGCCCAAUUUACCAUGGAACUUCUCGCCGUAACUUCAUUGGAAAAACUAUCCACUACUACUACUACUAAUGAUAAUAAUAAUAAUGGUGAUAAUAAUAAUAGUGAUAAUAAUAAUAAUAAAACUAAUAUUACGUCGUUAUUAUUAUCAUUGCAGUUGCCCCUGUGGAUGAUUGCCCCAUUGCAAUUACGUGAACGCUGCGUGGGAAAUCGCCGACUUCUCACCUCAUCAUUUCUUCCACUUCUCUGCAGUACUCCCACAACGAUAAAUGCGGAUGUGGAUCACUUUCUAGAAUUAAUCCGCAGGCAUUGCCGUACCUUUGCCACUCUCAUCAUCACACUAUUACUACUCCGCUGUAUACAUGCAUCCACCCCACUAAUGAAUAGUAAAGCCGUGCGAGAAGUGCUAUUGCGUAAAGUAACUCAACUCACUCGUCGAACGGCUCAUCCAAUGGAAUUAUUUUAUUUCUUUGAGAUGUAUGGAAAUAAUACAGACGUGGUAUCGGCGUGUGUGAGUGAAUUAGUGCCAACGGCGGUGUGUUUUUCAGCGAAAAAUGCCUUUGUGCCUGUUGUACUUAUUAACGCCGCUGUUCGUGCUGUUCGUCAAUUGCCAUCUCGUGAAUUAAUUCAACGUUGGUUUGCGGUGAUGUCUCCACUAAUUAUUUCUGCCGUGAUGUAUUCUCGUGAGCCGCUGGAUAUUGUAUUGGAUUUAUUAGAAUGGAUUGGAAGUGAUGAUCCACAGUUAAUACAAUCCAUUGUUCGUUCCUCUGCGGCUUUGCAGGCUAUUCACGAGACUUGUAGUUUUACUAUUUCCGGUUUAACACUUCUGCGAUUACUGUUAAUGCUGCAAGGGGGAAGUCAAUCCAAUACAACAAUGCGUCGAUUACACAGAGCCGCAGUGAAAUUACUUCAGCUCAGUCAUGUGCAUAUACCAAUACAGCAAUUAGCUCAGACAAUGUUAUUACCAUCUCUACAGGGAACCACACUGGCGAGACGGUUAACACGACUUUUUAUUUUUCGUAUGGAAUGUUUACUUGGGUCAACUAGACGAGAACGACCCACACGUUUAUUAGAGACUACUACUACUACUACUACUACUACUACUAUUAUUAUUAAAGAAGAAGAAGAAGAAGAAGAAAGGAAUGUGAAGUUAAAUUCAAAAAGAGAAGAAGAAAAAGAAGAGUGGGAUAAGUCCUUAGAUGGAUUAGAGUUGGAACAUUGGUUGACAUUACUACGCUAUUCAUCCUCAGGAACACCGUCUUCACAUCGUUUGCUUGUGGAGAUUAAAGCCGAUUUGGCGGAUAAGGCACGUCGAAGAGGAAAAUUAAUUGAAUCAUCAUCUCAUGUGGAUGAUCAAGGAAAUAACUUCACUAUGGAAGAAUAUCAAGAGAGUAGAGAAAAGAAGAGUGAUAUCACUUCUACUACUUCUUCUUUUUCUUUUUCUUAUCGUGGAUUGGCAAUUGUUUAUGCCUUCUCUGAACAGAGAAUACUUUCUUUACAUCAUUCACUUGGAACCUUUCCUUUUAUUCGUUUUGUUUCCGCAUUACUGCGGCAAACGGCACUAGUGGGAUCUCUUCAAUCAUCCUCCUAUAUACUAUCUAAAUGUAUAUGGAUGUAUGAUGGGAGUUUAUCUCCAUUAUCACAUGAACGUGUACAGCCAUUUGUGCGAUUAGCCAAUCAAUUAGUAGAAGAAAUGUCUACAGAUUUAAAUGGAUUUGUACGGCGUGAAGAAGAGAAACAACAAAAACAAAAACAAAAACAAGAAGAAGAAGAAAAACGGAGUGAAGUGAAGAAACGUACAAAAAGAGAAGUUAUGAUAGAUGUGGAAGCUAUUUUGGAGUAUAUACAAUUACUAGAUCUCUAUAAUCCACAAUCAUAUGAAGAACGACUUCUCUUAACAGAACAACAAAAAGAAAAAGAAAAAGAAGAAGAUAUAGAAAAUAAUAGUGAAAUGGAUGUGUUUACAGAUGAUGUGGGAAUGCCACAUCGUUAUCUCUAUCGUUUAUUAAUAUUAUUAACACAACACUGGGGUGAACAAACAGGAAUAAUCAACACAAAUACAAUUCCUAUUCGUAUGUGUAAUAUAUCUUCUCUUUUUAAUUACUGCGCCACAUCAUCAGUGGAAUCUCUUUCCUCUUAUACACCAUAUACACCCUUCUCUGAUGUGAAGAGUCAUUCUCCUUCUAAUGCGAUUCAUUAUUCUUCCAUGAUGGAUAUAUUUGGUUCUGAUAAACCACUCAUCACAGAUGUAUGGAUUCCAAUUAAUACAGUCUGUACACAUCGGUAUAGAAUAGAACAAAGUGUCAAGACACGACUCUUUACGGCAUUAAUGCGAUGUUUACUACGUGAGGAUAAUACUACUACUAAUAUGAAUAAUAAUAAUAAUAAUAAUAAUAUUAAUAUAUCAUCUACUGCUGCUGCUGCGGCUACGAGAGCACGAUUAGCAACUCUAGGCCCACGUGAUUUGGCUUGUGUGGUACAGGCCUGUGCCCAACAUUGGAAGAAUACUAAUAUUACUAAUACUAUUACUAUGAAUACUAUUAAUACUAAUGAUAAUAAUAUUAAUAAUAAUAGUAAUAAUAAUAGUAAUAUUAAUAUUAAUAGUAAUAGUAGAAAUACAGCUGCAGCUGCAGUUGUGGGAAUAGCGGUGGAGCUUCUCACGGAUUUACUCCCGAGUACAACCGCCGAAGAUCUACACGAUGUCGUUAUGUCCCUUCUCCCAUUAUUACCCAAUCCCCAUUCACAAUCACAAUCACAAGAAAAAGAAGAAAAAGAAAAAGAGAAGAAACUACCUAAUACUACUAAUACUAUCACUAUGAAUAUCACUACAUCUAUGCAGGAGAUAAAUUUUGUGGAAGUCCGACGUCUUCUUGCACAUGUGGCGGUAGUGAUGGGAAAUGACACGGAGCGAUUUCCACUGCCGUUACUUUUCGCAAUUCUGCAGAGACUACACGUACCGCAUGGAUUGGUUUCCACCGCAUCUGCACAGCGAAUGUUGGCGAGUCUACACGCAUCUGAAAACACUACGGAAGAACAGUCUUCACAAUCUUCACAAAAACAACAAAGAGAAGAAGAAGAAGAAGAAAAUGAUGAUGAAGUGAUGAUGAUGGGAAGAAUAGAGGAGACGGCGGUGAGUAGCCGGGGAUUUUAUGCGGCGACAGUGGCGCUUCUCCGGGAAAUAGUGGCAACCUGCAAUACCACUUCUUCUACAUCCUUUACAGAGUAA